AUGUCGGAGAUCUGGUACCACCUGACGGGGUCGCAUAGGACAGGACUAAGCCCGAAGCUACAUUCUGCUCCCUCCCUAGCUUAUGCAGAUUUGACCCACGGCGCCACAUGGGGAUCGCGCUCGCCACUCCCCUCAGUGGAGCACUUGAGUACAUGCGACGAAAGGAUUGAGCCGAAGGGAAGAUUCGAGGGCAGCAUAUGGACCUUACGGACGUUGAGCGACAGAGUCCUACUCGCGAGCCCGGGGAGGUGGAUGACUGCAGAUAGAAUUCCAGAGCUGGACAGUGAGUCAGUGACCCCCUAG